UUAUUAUGUCACGGGGUUGCUUCGUGUUGUUGAAAUGCAUAUUGUUUUUAAACCGGAAGACGUAAUGUGUGGAGUGGGGGAAGGCAGCAAAGCCCUCCCAGGGCUGCUCUGGGGCGGCGCAGAGCCGGUUGUGGCGAACCCGUGAUCCAACUCUCUUCAUCCCUGAGGCUGAUGGGAGUUGGGUCCCUCGUAGCUGGAAGGCCCACCCUUGGCGUUGACGGAGGCAGAGCUUUAUCCCUCCUAAACGUGGACAGGAUAGUAAUGGUGGACUCCUAGCUCCACCCAGAGACAGUUUAAGGCCACUGCCGACCUACUUUGCAUGAGAAAGCAAGCGUUAUAGCAAGACUGCAUGAAUGCAGUCUUCCCCUAAAAGUGGGGUGGAAAGUGAGAACUUUUGCAUGAUAAUCUAUGCUGCUCCACUGAGCUUCAGACCUGCUUCUCAGUCUGCAGCUGAAUGUAGCUAAGUAGCAGGCCUUGAACCUUGUAGUGAACCCACCCAUCAAAAUGCCACUUAAUAAAAUGAAUUUACUAUACACAAUAAUUCAAUAUAGAUCUUUUCAUAAUUGAUUCUUGCAUUUAGAAAAGUGUUACAGGGCUUUUCAGUAAGCAUAUCAUUUCAACAGCCUACAAUUGAGUCAUUGUCCUUUAUUAUUUUAGUAGAUUGGAACAGUGUUCAGAUUAAAUUUGAAUCAAUUUAACAUAUCACUGCAAAUUCACCAUUAUUUGAAAUCUGCCACCCUCUUUAGCCUAUUUAUAUGAAUUUUCCAAGCAAAGGGUGGUUUUGUGAAGUGGAGAGGGAUAGCAACCAGUUUUAUUUUUCUGCAGACUAAGUUUCUAGUAAUUAAUCCAAUGUGAACCUGAGAGAAUAAAAUAACUGUAUGCCCAAAAUGGUUUCAACUAUGCAUUCUCUUCUAAUGCCCUAAUACUGUUUCACAUGAUCUAUUACUGUAUGAGUUUGGGGGAGAGGGAAUUGUUUUGAUUGUUUUGAAAAGAAGGUACAGUAAUGGCUUUGUGAAAGCUGGUUGCAGAGCAAAUUGAGUUUGAUGAAAAAAUAGUAAUAGAUUGUGAAGUGGAGGGGACAGUUGCUUAGACUAAAGCAGCAUAAUUGAUUAUAUUCGAGAAUAUACGAUUGUGGAAUUAAAAUCUUGAUGCCCAAGUAAGAUAUUUUUUGUUUUGUGGAAACAAACUGUGAGGCAGGAGACUAUGCAUAAUUCUAUAAAAUGACUAUUACUGGAAUUCACUGUCCAAGACCAGGAAGAUGUGAACCAGGAAGAGUCUCACAAUCGAUAUCUUUGCAUGUUUAUUGAAAAGUUAGUCCCACUGAGUUCAAUGGGUCCUAUACAUUACAUAGGUCCGCAUAGUGUUGCUGUUCAGAGGUUGACAUCAGUUGGAAGAAAAUGAGAACUAGGAGCCUAAAUCCACGGGGCAUCAUCCAACUAACUCAUUCCAUCAACACAAGCAUUUCUGUUUGUGCAGCAGAACUCCCCCCCCUCCCCAUCACAUGUCUAGCACCAUUCCCAAAUUUGCUCCAGAGGGUUAUGGAAACCCCCACAACAUAUUUGUGGGGCACAUAGGGAGAAGAGGAGAAGUUCUGUUGCACAAGCAAAUUUUCUUGCACUGAUGAAACAAGUUAGUUGAAUACCACCCACAGUUAUUGACAUCAGAUUGAAGGACAGGUGAAUAAUGUAUUUCAGUGAAUUUCUAUGUUCAUCCACUAUAAAGAGUGAAUUUCCCUCCACUGUCCCCAUAGUCUCCCAUAGAACACCUAUAUAUGUGCACAUAUGAAUUCCUAUUGUCUAGCAGGCAGCUUUCUAAUUCUAUACUGUUCAUAGACAGAUUGCUGGGGUAAAUAGGUUACUAUGGCUUUCAUUUUGUAUCUGUCAUCAGGAAUGAUGAAAAAUUAUCAGUGUGCACAUGUGACUGAUUGUAUGUGACCUGGAAGGCAUAAUGCACACACACACACAAAUCCCGCAGAUGCAUUUUGUGGUAGCAAAGUGUGUGAAUCCUUUACAUCAGUUUUGCUGCAAAUUCUCUUUAACUUUGGUUAUAUAUAAGCUCACUGUAUAAUGGGUGCAGUGAGGCAGGCCAACUCAUUUCGGAGUUCCAUUAAAAGGCAGAAAACCAUCAAAUAUUUAUCAGCACAUCUCAUCUUUUUCAUCUCAAAAGUUUCCAGGCCUACCUAUUAGGGAUGGUAGCCAAUGCAUAUUUUUUUCCUAAGGAGCUUGUCUUGGGAGUGUAGAAAGAUGCUUUAUACUCAGUCAGACCCACUGGCCAAUCUAGUUCAGUACUGUGUAUUCUGACUGGCAGCUUUCUAUGUGUAGACCCAAUGCUGUCUUCUGUAUUUCCCGAGAGAGAGAGAGAAAGGCAACAGCUCCUCUCUGGAGCUGGCGCAACUUGCAUAUAACCACUCCAGUCACACCUGCAGCCACUCCUGUGGAUUACUCUGUGCUGAGAAACCUGGCGCCUUUCAGAUGCGUUUGGACUAAAUCCCGCAGUAUCCCUGACUGGCUGGGGAUGUUGGGCGUUGGAAGUCCAGCAACAUCUGGAGGGCAACACACUGACUACCUCUGCUUUACACUCGACGCUCUCUAUUUGGGUAAAGCGCUGGAUACGACGUGCCCAGUAGCAGCCUAUGCUUCAGUUGCCCUUGCCCAGAGAGAGGGCUCAGCAGCUCGUUGGCCCCAGAGUCCCCAAUGGUCGGUCCCAACACGCCCUCCUGUGUCGCUCGGGCCCCCAGAACUUGCUCACCCGACCCGCUUUCCCCUUUGGUCGCUCUUCCUGACAUGCUCGGACGGCACUGCCGGCCACGCAGCUUUCCUACGGGAUGCGCUCUCGCGCUGCAUGGAAUGGGCGGGGGAGAGGCGUGAUCCCGCGCCUGCGCGUUUCUUGGCGGAACUGAGAGCCGAGGCACCAGCAGCCGGCGGCCCGCUGUUGCCGGUGCACCUCGGUGCCUUGCAGUUGGCCGGGUUGUCGGUUUCUUGCUGGAUUUGCAUAACAUUCACCCUGCCUGUUCAAAGAGCACUGAAGAAAAAUGAAGACUGGAAUUAUCUGAUAAGAUUCUCAACAUCACACCUUGCUAGAGAUCUGUAUCACUUCCACCUCCUAGCAGGGUUGAGGGAUAAGGAAAUAUUUAACUCUGGUGUUCCCAGAAUGGACUGCUCUAGUUCUUACUCAGGGGAAGAUGGUGGGCAGACCACAUCUCAAAGCCACAGUGGUGAAGAUGAGCGACAGUGGCAACAGGAACGCCUUAAUAGAGAGGAAGCCUAUUACCAAUUUAUUAAUGAGCUCAGUGAUGAAGACUACAGGUUAAUGAGAGAUCACAACCUUCUGGGGACUCCAGGAGAAAUAACAGCAAAUGAGCUGCAGCAACGUUUGCUAGGUGCAAAGGAGCAUUUGGCAUCACAUUCUGACAGAGAAAAUAGAGACUGGGAAGGAGGUACUGUCGGAGAUGCAGAAACUGUUGGGGGAAAUUCAACAAACAGCUCGCUGCUAGAGUGGCUGAGCACAUUCCACCGUACAGGAAAUUCCAGCCAUAGUGGACAGAGUGGGAACCAGACUUGGAGGGCUGUAAGUCGAGCAAACCCGAGUAGCGGGGAAUUUCGGUUUAGUCUUGAAAUAAAUAUAAAUCACGAACAUAACAGUGUUGACGCUCCUGGGGAAGAAUUGAACGGCUACCUUCUUGGUGAUCCCAAUGGGAGGCAGGUAGAGAACAGGUCUCUGAUAGAAGAGAGUCCCAUAGCCAGCCGAACAAGGAGCAGGACAUUGAGAGAGACUGUUGGUCGUGCAGUUGCCUCGUCAAGGGCUGGCAAUGUUAGUGGCUCAGUGACACAAAAUGCUGAAGUAGCAACUCAGUUAUUCCCUGGCAGACUCAGAAACAGAAGCUCAGCAGGCCUUGCGGCACACAACAAUGUCUUAGAUGACAAUGAACACAACAUUAUUAGGCAAAGGAGAAUUCACAGAGUCUCGUCGGUGACUGUUCACAGAAGGAGAGCUAGAACUCGGAGGAAUGCAAGGCAAAGGCCAGAAGUUUUAAGACUAAGAUCAACGUUCAGUAGUCAGUUUCAGUCCCAUUUGGAAAGAAGGCAACGUCUGAAUGCACAGCAAAUUCAUAGAAGGUCUGGCCAGGCACAAACAGCCCAGCCGCCUCCUGAGCAAGGUGAGGACCAAGUGCCAACACUGGGCAUAACAUUGGAAGAGGAGGAAUCUACCAGACCCACAACUGCACCUAGAAGACAUCCUAUUAUUACAUUAGACCUUCAGGUGAGAAGAAUUCGUACUGGAGAAAAUAGAGAUCAAGACAGCAUUGCUACUAGAACUCGUUCGAGAGCAGGCACGGCAGACAACGCAGUCAGUUUUGAAAGCGACAGGGAGGGUUUCCGUCAGACCGUUUCACGAUCUGAACAUGCGGGCAUACGGACGUAUGUUAGCACCAUACGGAUACCCCUGCGUAGGAUAUCUGAAAUUGGGCUCGGGGAAUCUUCAUCGGCGGCUCUUAGAUCAAUUCUACGGCAAAUUAUGACUGGAUUUGGAGAGCUAAGCUCCUUAAUGGGCACCGAGUCAGAUUCCGAAGCUCAGAGGAGUGGUCAGCACUCGGCAGACACGCAGUCAGAACUGUUUAAUGUGCACACUCUAAGCAGCAUUGGUGAGUUCAGUGAAGCUUCUCUUCGAAGCAGGCCUGCUGAACAAGGCAGCAGAGAAUGGCAUGGAGAAACCAAUGCGACCCAACACUACAAUCAAAGUAAUGAAGCUCAAGGUAACAGACAGUUUCAAGAUGCAAACAGUUUUGUUGAAAGUGGAACGCUUCCCAUCCUUCGUCUUGUACCUUACCUUUUAUUAGAUGAAAGUACUAGUGACCAUUUGAGGGGGUUAACCAAAGAACAAAUUGACAAUCUUUCUACUCGCAAUUAUGGGCAUCCCGGUGCAGAAGAGGGUGAAAUAAGCAAGACCUGUAGUGUGUGCAUUAAUGAAUAUGUUUCAGGAAACAAGCUAAGGCAGUUGCCAUGUAUGCAUGAGUUCCAUUUUCACUGUAUUGAUCGCUGGCUUUCUGAGAAUUCCACUUGCCCAAUUUGUCGACAACCUGUAGUAGCUUAACAUUACAGGCAGUGGGUAGUUCCUCAAAUUUUUGAAUCUGUGUACUCCAUUGGGAGCCUGGUGGUAUUUUACUAACUUUGAAUAUGAGGAGUGAGUGUGUAAAACAAGUUUGAAAUUGGAAGUGACCUUGCUACAUGUGGCAGUGAACUUCUCUUCUUAAAAGGCAAGUGUAAGGGUGAAGAUCAAUCGAAUAGGCCUCAAUUAUAUUUUUCUAAAAUAUUCCCUUAUAUAAAGCACUUCUGUAAUAUAGAAACGUAAUUGUUUGUGUUAACAGUAUGAUCUUUAUUGAGAUUUCAGUUUUUGUGAAGUUGUUGAAAUAAUCUUUUGUUAACCAUUUGCUCUAUGAGCGAUCCUUUUUUAUGUUGCAAAAGUAACUGGAAACCUGGGCAUCUGGCAGGAGGUACUUUAAAUAGAGUAAGUGUUUUGAUUUAAAUAUGCAGUGGAUAUUUUUAUAGAAUACCCUGCCCAUUUGGUUUUAUUAAUUUUAUAGACAGUUUUUGCAUGUUUUAUACAUGGCUUACUGUUGCCCAUUAACCUUUACAGUGGAUGUGGUUCUUGGGGUCGACUGACAUUUGCUUCAAAGGACUGACUUAUACAGAAUGUUUGUUUAGCCAUGAGAUUACAUUAGAGAACUAUUAAUUUAUGUUCGCCAGUUCUACGUUGACCUCAGAACAUUGCUUAACGAAUACAGAAACCGUACGUUUAGGUUGCUCAACAGACAUUUAAGCACAUUCCAAUUAGUUUUUUUCGAAAACUUUUUUUUUAAUUUGAUGGUGGAAGAGUGCCAUGGAUAAGUAACUUGCAAGCAGCAAGCACGAUUUAUGUUUCGUUUUUGUACAUUUUAUCAUUUUGUUGUAAGACAGUCUCUUCUGCACAUGUAAUGGAACAUGUAAUUUUGGACCGUGGAGAGUUUUCUGAGAAUCAGAUGCCAUCACUUGUUAAGGGAAAGAUGUAUGCUUACUACAAAAAUGCAAAGGAAACUGUAUACUUGGACCUUAAAGCUUAUACCAAUACCUGACAAAAUAAUAAAAGUGCAAGAACAAAACAGA